AUGUGUGGCCAAGACACGCCAAGCGGCGCCGAGUACCGGACACAAGGCUGUUUCAAGCCCGUGGACAAGGCAGUCGCAAAGAAUGGAGAUCUCGUAGUGGAGGAGUUUCCCAUCUCCUUCGAUGGCUACGACUACAUCCACGGGCGCAUUGCAUAUAUCGUUGGGAGUGCACCUGCACCGGUGAUCCUGGUGCAUCACAACUACGCAGGUUUGAAGCAGUUUGACAUCGAUCAAGCCUGCUUUUUUGCAAAAGUGGGCUACGUUGGUUUGGCAGUGGACUUGUACAAAGAGACCGCGGCCUUCACCUACAAGGAUCGGUCUGUGAAUUAUGGGCGUCCCGUUGAUCUUGAGGCUGGGUGCCAGGGGGGGAACUGCAUAUUGUCAAGGCCCCGGCCAAUCUGUACUGCGAUGUGGAUGAGUGGUUCCACGUAUGCCAUUGUCAUGGCAUCGUAG